AACUCCACUGCUUGACAACGGGAUGUUUCUUCGGAGAAAACACUCUCAGAACCACCCCAUUGAUGAAUCUGCAGAAAAGGAGGCAAAGGUCAAAGAACUCAGGGAUGAUCUUGGCCCGCUAUCUGGACGUAGUUUAAAGUACUGCAGUGAAUCAUGCCUUAGGAGAUAUCUUGAAGCUCGGAACUGGAAUGUUGAUAAAUCAAAGAAAAUGUUGGAAGAGUCGCUCAGGUGGAGGGCAACUUAUAAACCUGAGGAAAUCCGUUGGAAUGAAGUAGCUCAUGAAGGCGAGACGGGAAAAGUUUCCAAGGCAAAUUUUCAUGAUCGACUUGGAAGACCAGUGCUUAUAAUGAGACCAGGGCUGCAGAACACAAAUUCACCAGAAGGCAAUAUCCGUCAUUUAGUCUAUCUCAUAGAGAAUGGUGUCCUCAACCUUCCUGAGGAUCAAGAACAGAUGUCAUGGUUGGUUGACUUCACCGGGUUUACGUUGAACACAAGCGUCUCUGUCAAGACAGCCCGUGAUAUUAUUAACAUUCUGCAAAACCACUACCCCGAGAGGCUUGCCGUGGUGUUUCUUUACAACCCACCAAAGAUUUUUCAGGCCUUCUACAAGGCUGUGAGGUACUUCCUAGAUCCGAAGACAUCCCAGAAGGUGAAAUUCGUCUACCCCAAAAACAAAGACAGUGUUGAGCUUAUGAAGACAUUCUUCGAUAUCGAUAACCUUCCAGGUGAGUUUGGUGGAAAAGCGACUUUAAAGUACGACCACGAGGAGUUCUCGAGAUUGAUGGCUCAGGACGAUGUGAAAACUGCCAAAUUCUGGGGUUUUGAUGACAAACCAUCUAACAAAACAAACGACCAUUUUGGGGCAGAGGUGGUUGCUCCCGAGCCUCUUCCCUUGGCACCACCUGCUAGUUGAGCUGAAUGACUAAUGCGU